AUGAGCAGACCACAAGGCCCUGAACCAUCCUGCGAAAUCUGUGACCCGAUGAUCGGCCAUGAGUGGCGAGGUUGUGGAUUGGGUUCCGCUGCUGUCAGGCACGAAGCCAUGCCUGAAGGUGUGAUGAGAACAGAUGGUGCUUGUACUUGGUUCAUGCGGAGGGCUAAAGGGCUACAGCUGCAAGGCACUUUGCAUCCGCGUUCUGGAGGUUUGCCAUCCAUCCCGUCGGGCCUGGCUUCUGCUGCAUCUCCAGGAUGGCCUUUGAUGGGACUGGCGCCCCGGCAAAGGCUGCGAAUCGUGGCCACGUUGUCUACAACACCGCCCAGGCUGCGAUCUGCUGAGCUAAAGGCCUGCCUUCUGUCCUUGCUGAUGCAGAAGACGCCCGUGUCUGUGUUCUUGGUGGUGCCACAAGGCCCAUGGCAGCGUGGCGGUGCUUACCCCCGCACGCUGCCGCCAUGGCUGCUGCGGCUGCAGAGACAGUGGCGCCGCUUGCGGGUGCUGCGCUCAAGGGAUUGGGGGCCUGGGACGGCGCUCCUGCGAGCGGUAGAGGUGGUGAAGGAGCCCAGCGCCUGGAUUCUCGCAGUGGACGACGAUCACUGCUACCAUCCGGAGCUGGUCACGAACUUGCUGCGCUUUGCGGCAGGCACUCCUGGAACGGCGGUUGCUUCGCAUGGCUGGCUCGCCUUAGAUGAGGACACUGCCUCUCGCGCAGUCGCAGCUGCAGGGCCGGCUUUGGCACGGAAUAUCCGUGCCGGCAACACGGCCGCAGGUCCCAUUCUGUGCCACUUCCUGGGGCUCCUGGUGCAGCGCGCUAUGCUGGAUGGCUUGCAUGCGCCGCGUCGGGUUUCCGCGUGCAGCGAGCACAACGACAUCUGGCUGUCCGCGCAUUUGGCCCGCCGGCGCAUUCGCCGGGCCAUGGUGUCGGAUCCGUUGGGUGCCAAAAGCCUUGCAACUCAUCGCAAGCGGGGCCUCUCAUUGACACGUCGCCGACGUAGAAAGCCUGAGGCCGACUGUUUGAUGGAGUUUCAUGAGAUCUAUGGUGACACCAUUUGGAAGCCUUUGCCCCGGAUGGCUCUUUGUGCGCCAGUGCUGCCAACCGUGCUGGAACAGCUUGCUGCUGAAGGACAGGUUGUACAUUCAGCUUACACUUGCGCGCUGUCAUCAAAGAGUUUGCCUCCGAGCUCUGAUGUCAGGCGCGUGCCGUGCUGGCAGCCUGCAGAGCAUUCGCUGCUCAGCCAGGUGUUGCUUCAGGAGCGGGAGGCCUCCACCAUCAUCGUUCUCCCAGCGGAGACCUUCAACAGUUCGCGAAGGGCUGCUGUGCAGGUGGUAGGUGCGCUGCUGUCGUGUCUUCUUUUUGGAGACAGUGCCGGAUUUUGUGAGCGAGAUGGCUGGCGAGCAGUCAGCGUGAAGGCUCAGCACCUGGUGAACUUUUGCAAGGCCUGGGUUUCCCAGCAGGCACGAGCACGCUCUGCGGCACUGCGUGCUGAGCGGCCAGGCGUCGUGGCUGGUCGUCGCGGGUUUGAGGAUGAAGUGGUGCGGGAUUUCAAGAAGAAGCUGUCUCAGGCUGGCUCGCCCCAUGUUGCUGCCCUUGGCUUGCCGGAGGUGGUGCCGGAGAACCCCCGCUCCUCGAGUUUGCCGGGUCUGCGGGGCGAGCUGCUCUAUCCGGAGGUGGGCCGGGCAAGGGACAUCGCCCAGCCCGGCGGCUUCCGUCGAGAGCACGUGCUGCGGCAAGCGCCCAACGAGGCAGCAGAGCAGCCGCUGCUCAGCAGCUUGUUGGACCCACGCCUGCGGAGAUACUUUGAGCCGCAGGAUGAAGAGGUCACCUCAGAUUCCAUCAUCUCAACGACCAGGGGCGCCUCGAACCUGUCCACUGUUUUGGUGAUUUUGAAAUCCACGAUCGGUGGCACUCUGGUGAUUAUCCCCGGGGCCUUCGCGACCACGGGCUUGCUGCUAGCCCCACUCAUUUUGCUCUUUGUGGGUGGGGUGGAAAUCUACUGCAUGGUCCUGCUUGUGCAGUGCGUUCGCUCGCUUGGGGGUGGCUCCUAUGGCGAAAUCGCCAGGCAAUCCAUGGGUGCUGUGGGCAUGUGGGCCGUUGAUCUCAGCAUCCUACUGUCGCAAACGGGCUUUGUUUGCGCCGAAAUGCUGUAUGUGGCCAAGAAUUGCAGUGGAGCAGCUGCCAGAUACGGCAUCAGGUCGUCCAUAGUAUCUGAGACGGGCAUCCUGCUGCUUCAGCUGGUAGUGGUGAUUCCCAUGUCUUGGAUCCGACAGCUGAAGUACUUCCAAUUUUCAAACUUCAUUGCCAACGCCACCGUGUUGCUGGCCCUUGGCGUGCUUCUGAGCUACUCUACGGUGGGCUUGGCGGAUGAGGGCCCCGGAGAGAACAUUCACGCCGCUGGCUCUGGCUGGAUGAUUUUCGCGGGCACCGUGGUUUUUUCUUUUGAGUGCAUCAAUUUUGUGAUCCCGAUGUAUGAUGCGCAUGAGAACAAGGAGACGUUCGCACCCAUCCUGGUGAUGACUUUGCUGGGUGUCUGCGGCUUGUUCAUUCUGUUUGGUGCUGUGAACUACGGCUACUACGGCGAGGACACAAAGCCUGUGAUCACUCUGAACUUGCCAGAGACCUCGCAGACGGGCCGCAUAGUGCCCUUUGCUUUUGCGCUGGCCUCACUCUUCAAUGUGCCCUUGUUUCUUUUUCCAGCUGCGAUUUACUUGGAAGCGCAGCUCCUCAGCAAAGUGCCAUCUUCUUCUCAGGUGUGCAGCCAGAGCCGGGCAGUGAAGAUCAUGAACGGCGGCGUCUUUUUGCUAGGGCUGAUCCUUUUCGUGUACACCUCGUAUUCGUCAAUCAAGCAGCUCGCAAGUUGCGACGUCAAGUUGGGCUUGAUUGGCGGUCUCCGGGGCUUCGGCUUCUACGCUCGGGCCCACCAGCGGCGCUGCCAGGACUGCCCCUCGAGGGAACAGGAAACUCCUGUGGAGGAGCAAGGCGUUGACGACACUGCCGACGACGCUUCGGAUUGCAUGUCGCCUGUUACUUCGAAGGACCACACAGCUGGCGAGCAUCAAGAGCAGGAUGGCGAGGGCAAAGAAACGCACAGCCCGAAGGCGAAGAACCCUGUUUCUCCUGGUGAGGAGUCCUUCUUGUCUGAGACCACGGCCCCCAACUAUCGCUUUCGCGGAAGCCCCAUCAUGGACGAUAGUGCUGAUCACUCCUUCCAAACCGACAUGCGAGCCUUCCACACCCCGAAUGUCAAAGAUUGCUUGCGGACUCCUCCGCUAGACCAAGAGCAAGGAUGUGCUUCAACGUUUGCUUCCGUGGCAGCGGCCGACUUUGCGCGGCAACACUUGGAAUGGGUCCAGGAGAUGGAGAUGGUGGAUCAGAAGCAAGUGGAUGUGAUGACAACUCAGUGGAGGUUGCUUCGGAGCCAGACGGGCAUGCUCGCGCAACAGCUCAUUGACAUGCGCAAGGAGCUUGACCUUCUGCGGAGCGAGCAGCAGCGGGCGGCUGCGCGCUGGGAGACGCAGAGCUACCAAGGACGCGAGCUGCAGCACCGCCUGGCCACCACGCUGCAGCAGAGUGUGGAGGAGACGCACAUGAGCUUGGCCAGAAUGCGCACGGAGGUUCAGAAGCGGACAUCCCAGGAUUCGGAUAUGAUGCGGCGGCUGCAAAGCUUGGAAAGCUGGACGGCAGCAGAGCUGCCGAAGCUCGAGUGCGAGGUCUCAGAGUUGCGCAGUGCUGUGGAUGUCAGUGCAAAGCAUACGGUCCUGCUGAGAGAUCAGAUGCUGCAGCAAGUUGAUGACUUGAAAUCUGGUCAUGUGGUGGCCAUGGAGCACAGCACGAAGCAGCAUGACCGUAUGCGAAAAGGCUUGCGAGCGCUUAUGACAGCACACGAGAGCCACAGGAAUGAGGUCCAGCACAUGCAACAGACCUGGCAAGAUUCAAUCAGCCAGAAGCUGGAGAACUUGCACGAGGCACAACAGCACUUGGCGGAAACUGUGCCGGCCAAGGAGGAUGGCAACUUGCAGAACCGUUUGGACGACUUGGAGGCGAUGGUUGACGGAUUCGAUGGCAAAGCUCAAGGCUUGAAGCAAACCUGUGCCGAGAUUGAUGCCAAGUGCCAGGAGCUGGAGAAAAGCAACAAAUGGAUGGGGGCAACACUCAGCCAGGAGGUCCACGCUCGUCAUUCCAUGACAGAGGUCUUUGAACAAAUGCUCAAGACGGAAGCUGCCAAAAUAGCCAGUUCUGUGAGCGACCAAGCGGCGGUGGCCCACUUGGAUUGCAAGGACACCCAGAAGACAAUCAUGGACCACUUGAGCAAGGAGACCACCGAGCGCCAAGAGCAGGCCCGCGCCAUCAACUGCGAUCUCGCAAGUCUGGGCAAUGGCCUGGGUGGUCGACUUGGUCGAUUGGAAGGAGCUUGGCAGGGAGUGCAUCAGGACUGGCGUGACACCGAACACACCUUCCAGAUGGUACAGGGGCAGCUGCAUCAAUUGGAGUCGUGCCUGGAGACCGGCCUCAAGGGUCUGCGUGCGGAGAUGCACAGCAGCUUCCGUGAGGAACGCCUGAAGAGGGAGGUGAAUGGCAACAGCAUGGCAGAGCGGAUGCAAGCUUGGGAGGACUUUCACAAGCACUUGCGCCAGUGGUACGUCGCCCACGCCGACCCGCCUCGGGAUGGACGGCUGCGGGACUCCGACAUGAACAUGGAGCGCUUGGCCGAGAUGCUCCGGUGCUCUCAGGAUGCAGACUGGAGGGGACGCCUGGGAGAAGUCCCCGACAUUUUGCGCGGCUCCGAAAACUUUGAUGCUUGA